UUGUAGAAUUUCUGUAAUUUCUUAAAUCAUGAUUGAUAUAAACUAUCGUUAAUAAAUCGUACGUAAAAUUUAAAAAGAGCUCCCCCUCCCCAAGUAAACUUAUUGCAAGGAAAUACAUAUGCAAGAUAACCUACCGUUAACAAUGAUUAAUGACUACAAUCAACUCCUAAAUCAUAACAUAUAAUCAAAUUAUAGAAAACGGAAACACGUGUCCCAGAAAUUCAAAGGAAACGAUUACAUUAGAUUAAUCUUUCUUACGUUAUAUGCAUCGUAUAUGUACAUACAAGCGAAGUAAAGAUUCAGUUUGUACACAUGUUUCGAAGUCUUUGAUACUUAAAAUAAUCGCAUCAACUGAAAGAAAUAGAAAUGUCUCAACACCGAAUAUCUGAUGUCAUUGGUAUUUUGAGAGGAGCUAAGACAGUAGCUGAUGCUCUCAUCAAGCAUCAAGAAGAAACGAUUAAGCAUGCUGUACAGACCUCAAGUUUAAAAACUAACGUUGAGAAAUGUGCAACAGACUGUUUUAAGACACUGAGUAAUGUAAAACCAAGUAAGGUUCCUGUUCAAGUGGCAAAAGAAUUGAGAGAAGUGGCUGAGAGGAUAAAUGUUGUUGAGAAAGGUAUAAUUGAAUUUGCGAAAUUAAGAACCGCGGAGAUCACUGGAAUGCCAUUAGAUCUGAGUGAACCUGUAAAAACUGGCAAGACCAAGUUACACGUUUAUAAUCCUGCCAAAGAUCCAAAAGAAGUGGUAGUAGAAAUGGAUGUAACAAGCGGGAAACCCAAUCUUGACAUUAAAGAGAAACAAGAGAAACCUUUAAAGAAGUAUACAACUGUGAAAGAAAAGAUUGAGACGAUAUCGCUGGAUAAUGAGAUACCUAAGAUUGAAUUGUCUGAGAGGGAGAAGGAAAUUUUAAGAAGAUUAGAAUUAGAACAUGAAAAGACCAUGAAGAGUCAGAGGGUAAAAGAACACGUUCCGAAACCGGACUCUGGAACAAUGGCACAUAAAGUGACGGAAGAUGCGAAAGUAAUUUCGAACAGCUCGUCACCUCAAGUUAAACCAAAACCAUCUGCUAGGCCGAAACAAACUCUUGCACCGAAUGCAAAGGCGCAGAAAGUUCCAGCUACCAGAUUAGAAAGGAUGGUAAGCUUUGGAACAUUAGGAAUCGGUCUUGGUGUUGGUACAGUCGCAGAAUAUACCCGUAGAACGCUUGGUUUAAAGAAACAAAGUCUUGGAGAUACAUUCGACAGCUUAUUUCUCACUAAAGCAAAUGCGGAAAGAAUAGUUUCGACUUUAUGUAAAGUGAGAGGCGCAGCUUUGAAAAUUGGACAGAUUUUAAGUAUACAAGAUGAGACUAUUAUAAGUCCAGAAUUACAAAGAAUAUUUGAACGAGUUAGACAGAGCGCUGAUUUUAUGCCGAAGUGGCAAGUUGAGAAAGUGUUAGCUAACGAACUUGGCCAUGAUUGGAGAAAUAAAUUAGCUACCUUUGAAGAGAGACCGUUCGCUGCAGCUUCCAUUGGCCAAGUACAUCACGGUACUUUGUUAAAUGGGCAAGACGUUGCAAUUAAAAUUCAAUACCCUGGUGUAGCUUUAGGCAUACAGAGUGAUGUUGAAAACCUAGUAGGCGUGAUGAAGGUUUGGAAUAUUUUUCCGAAAGGUAUGUUCAUAGAUAACUUAGUAGACGUUGCAAAACGAGAACUUGCAUGGGAAGUGGACUACGUCAGAGAAGCCGAAUGUACAAGGAAAUACAAACAAUUUAUGGAACCUUAUACGGAUUACUACGUUCCUGCAGUAAUAGAUGACCUAUCGACAAGUCAAAUUUUUACAACCGAGAUGAUAGAAGGAAUUCCUGUAGAUAAAUGCACAGAUAUGGAUUUGGAAACAAGGGAGCACAUUUGCAAAUUAAUAAUGAGCUUAUGCCUUAAAGAAUUGUUUGUUUUUCGAUAUAUGCAAACUGAUCCAAACUGGUCGAACUUUUUCUACAACACUAAUACAAAACAACUAGUAUUACUAGAUUUUGGUGCGUGUAGAGAGUAUGAUAAACAAUUCAUGGACAAGUACAUCGAAGUAAUUUAUGCUGCGAGCGAAGGCGAUCGGAAUAAAAUCCUCGAUCUGUCUAGAGAAAUGGGAUUUCUUACAGGAUACGAAUCAAAAAUCAUGGAAGAAGCUCACGUAGACGCAGUAAUGGUAUUAGGCCAAGUAUUUGAUAAGAAUCAUAAGUAUUACGACUUCGGUGGACAAGACGUUACCAGACGUAUUCAAACAUUAGUCCCGACAAUACUGGAUCACAGGCUGUGCCCUCCACCCGAAGAAAUAUACAGCCUGCAUAGAAAACUAUCAGGUGUUUUCUUACUCUGCGCCAAGCUUCAAGUUAAAAUAAACUGCCGCGACAUGUUUCGCGAAGUAUACACGAAUUAUAAAUUCGGUUAAAAAUGUUAUCAUGUAACACUUAUGCUUUAUAUUUUAAAUAUGUAUAGAUAAUUGUAUAAAUAUACAAUUUUUCUCUCGUAUUAUAUUUUCCACUUACGACUUGUAAUACAAAUAAUAAUCAGUUAUUCAUGAGUCACUUUACACUCGAAAGGG